UAAGGAAAUGUGACUUGUAUAAACACCAUCAGCCGCUGGUUGAAUAUCAUUUAUUUCUAAACUUUACAACAUUUGGCAAUAGUUAUAACUAAUAUUUAAUUAUCUCGAUCUAAGCUGAUAUGGAAUAAUCGUAAAUUAGGGCACCUGACCAUAUGCAAGACUAUACCCCACCUAACACCUGUUCAACCCCAUCUGAGUGCUUACCCCUAAACCAGUGGAAUGAGACAGGGGAAUGUGGAAAUUGUUCCACCAGGAUGAGAUCCAUCGUGUCUUUCUACUUCUGCUACCUGCUGUGCCUGUGCCUGGGGAUCGCCUGUGUGGUGUUUGUGUCCAUCUGGAACUCCCAGUGGCGUGGUGGCUUUGCCUGGGAUGGCUCGCCCCUUCAGUUUAACUGGCACCCUGUCCUGAUGGUCACAGGUCUGGUCGUGCUCUACGGCAAUGGAGCGGUGCUGUACCGCGUUCCCCUCACAUGGGGGCAGAAUAAGCUGCCCUGGAAGCUGCUGCAUGCUGGUGUCAUGCUCCUGGCCCUGCUCUGCUCCGUCCUUGGCCUCUGUGCUGUGUUUGACUUCCACAAUGCCAACAACACUCCCAACCUCUACUCCUUGCACAGCUGGAUUGGCAUUUGCACUACAGCACUCUUCACCACUCAGUGGGUGAUGGGCCUUGCUGGCUUCCUCCUGCCCUGUUCACCCAUGUCAUUCCGCAAGCUGCUGAAGCCUGCCCAUGUGUGGAUGGGAGGCUGCAUACUGAUACUCAGCAUCGUGUCCUGCAUCUCAGGGAUCAACGAGAAGCUCUUCUUUGCACUGAAAGGAACCACCAAUGGGACAAAGCCAUAUGGCAACCUGCCACCUGAGGCAUUGGUCGCCAACUCGUUAGGAGUCUUGAUCGUAGCCUUUGGAUUGGUCGUCCUGAAGAUUCUCUCCAAUCAGAAUUGGCAGCGACCAGAGCCUAGAAGUGAGGACCUGGGCUACAGUCCACUGCUUCAAGGCGACAGCUAAUAGAAGAGAUGAGGAGGCUUCAAACCCGCUCUCAGCUGUUAACCAUACUACUGAAGCUAUCCAUCAAUGUUAUCUGCCCCUGCUGUGUCCAAAGUUGCCUUAAACAAAUAAUGAGAUGCUGAAUGUCCUAGCCACUGUCAGGACCAUAAGGCAUAAGGGCCCCCGGCCACUAGGGGGUCUGAACUUACUGUUGAGAGGUACAAUUUCAAAAUUUGGUAUUGCAUCAGCAGUUUUUCUCUUAUGUCAGUCACUGACAGUCACUGAAUUAGCCCAUGUCAGCUAAAAAAUGUUUUAUUGGUUAGUUCGUUUAGCCGGCUAUCUAAACAUUGUAGUAAUCAUGGCCAAAUUACUGACUGGGCACGCAGGGUACAUGCCAAGGGGCCCUGACCUCCAGGGGGCCCCCAUUGAUUUUGGUAGUCAUUCUCACUCAGAUAUCAUAUUAAAGGGAUACU